AUGGAGGAACAAGCUUUGUUCAUUGCCGUGGCUCAGGCGAGUCACGACCCGCUCACCUAUGCGAGGGCAUUCAUGCCGCCCGCCCUCGCCAGCUCCCUGGAUGGGGAGACCCUGGUGACGCUGUUCCGGCACGGGAUCACAUACCAUCUGCCAACAGAACUCCCAGACACCACCAACCUCGACUGGAAGAGGCGGUCAUCCGGUGUCUGGAGAGCCUCCGAUCCCGAUCCCGAUCCAGAAUCCCUCCGCCGGCCGUUCCACAGUCCUACCUCAGAGGAAUGGGCCAAGGAGGGGCUGCUGGAAGAAGAUCUGAGUGCAGAAAUCCCUCAAACUCUGACUGAAAUGUACAUCCACUUCCUGCUGAUUCAGAUCAACAUGAGGAAGCAGAAGUAUGAAGAGAGAGAUCCAGAGAAACUCCUGCAGUCCAACAGAGAAGUGAUUGUGAAACUUGCUGAAGUGGCUUUCAAACAGCUGAUGAAGGGCAAUGUGAUGUUCUAUGAGGAGGACCUGAUUGACAGUGGCAUAGACCUCACUGACGCCUCAGUGUAUUCUGGGAUUUGCACUGAGAUCUUUAAGCAGGAAUCUGUUAUUCAUCAGAGGAAAGUCUACAGCUUCAUUCAUCUGAGCUUUCAGGAGUUUCUCACUGCUUUCUAUGUGUUUUACUGCCAUUUAAUGAAGAACAUGGAGCCACUGAAGGAAUUCAGAUCUUACACAUUUUCCGGAGUAUCUCUGUAUGAUCUACUAACAUCUGCAGUAGAUAAAGCCCUCAAGAGUGAGAAUGGACAGCUGGAUCUGUUCCUGCGGUUCCUGCUGGGCGUCUCACUGGAGUCCAAUCAGAGACUCUUACAGGAUCUACUGACACACACAGAGAACAGCUCCGAGACCAUCAGAGAAACCACACAGUACAUUAAAGAGAAGAUCAAAGAUCCAGAUUAUAUUUAUUAUCUCUCAGCUGGUCAAUCCAUUAAUCUGUUCCUCUGUCUGCUGGAAGUGAAAGAUCAGACUCUGUUCAGAGAGAUUCAGGAGUUUGUGAAAUCAGACAAACACUCAGAGAAACCCUCUGAUGCUCACUGCUCAACAAUCUCCUACAUGCUUCAGAUGUCAGAGGAGCCGCUGGAUGAGUUUGAACUCAUGAAAUACAACACAUCAGAUGAGGGGAGAAGAAGACUGAUACCAGCUGUGAUCAACUGCAGAAAAGCUCUAUUUUCUGGCUGUAAUCUCUCAGAUCAGCAGUGUUUCCACAACAGCAUCCUCUGA